GGCGAGAGGUCAGCGCCGCGGAGCCCCGCGCGGGGCCGCUCCGGAGCAGCGGGACUCGGCCGGGAACCCGGCUCGAGGGGCGGCGGGGCCGCGGCGCUGCUCAGUACGGGCCUCGCGGGCCGCCGUCCUGCCAGCACCCAGCAUGGCGGCGGGGCAGCCCCGGCAGGCGCCGUGCCCCACUUCCGGUCCGCCCAGUGCGCCCCUUCCUGUCCUCCGCCAGCGGCGUGGGGCGAUGCGGGAAGCGGGCGGGGAGCGGAGCCCGGGGCUGGGCCCCUCCGGGCGCGGGGCUGCCCCCGCCGCCUGCCCCUGGGGCUGCGCGCUCGGCCCCGGCGGCUGGAGCGGCGCCCCGUUCUGCCCCUUCCACUGCCCGCCCGAGCGCCGGGCGCUGCCCGCGGACCUCAGCGCCAUGGGCGACGGGACCGGGGCCUGGGACGCGCUCGGCCGCGGUCCCGGCUUCUGGUACUGCCCCGGGCGGCUGGAGGCGUCCAGCGAUGAGGAGGAGGAUGAAGAGGAGGAUGAGGGGUUGCAGUGGUCUUGGUCGUGGCCGUGGCCCGGUGCGGUUCCCACUGUGGUUCCCGUUGCGGUUCCCAGUGCUGAUGGCGACCCCGGCUCCACCUUCUGCGGGCUCCGAAAAGCGUUUUUGGUCCAGGACCCGCUGCGGCCGCCCCCGAGCGCGCUGGAGGAGAAGCUGCCCUGGCUGCCGGCCCCGCAGGACCUCCGGCCCACGGCAGAGGAAGCGGAGCGGAACGCGCAGGAGCUGGUGGCAGAGGAGGAGCGGGUAAAGAGGAAAGCAGAGAAGAAGAAGCUGAAGAAGAAGAAGCAGAAAGAGCGGAAGAAACGGGAGAAGCUGGGACAGGAGUCCCAAGCCAAGCAGAAGGCUGAGUCGACCCCCCCAUCCCCGAGCAGCGCUGCAGGCGCCAGGCACCCCCAGGGCGGCGAUGCUGAGGAGGAAGAGGGGGCUUGGCUCGACCCCAGCCCCGGGGACAGCGCAGCCACCCCGGGAGAGGAGGGGGGAGACGGGGAGGCCCGACCAGAGGAGAUGGAGCUGGAUCUGGGGCUCUGCCCUCCCCGCCCCUGCCCGCAGGAGGAGCUGGACCUGAGCUGCACGUUCGUGUUCAAAGCGCGGCAGAAAGCGGGUGUGCGGCUCCCGGCGCCCGGCAGGGAGAAGCCGCCCAGGACGGACCCUGAGCGGGGCAGGAUCGCACCGGGGAAGGCCCCCGCGCCCCUGGACACCAGCGCCAUGCAGCAGAGCCUGGUGCUCGCAGGCCAGGGCAACGCGGCGGCGCUGCGAGGCCGUUACCCCGAGGCGGUGCGGGCGUUCACGGCGGCGCUGCAGCUGAACCCCCGCGAGCACCGGCUCCUCGGGAACCGCUCCUACUGCUAUGAGAAGCUGCAGCGCUACGAGGAGGCGCUGGGGGACGCGGAGCGGGCGCUGGGGCUGCAGCCGCGCUGGGCCAAGGGCCUCUUCCGCAAGGGCAAGGCCCUGCGGGGGCUGCAGGGGCCGGUGCAGGUAGUGGUGGCUCAGGCUCAGCACCUCUCCGUGUCCCAGCGCUACGCUGAGGCUGCCCAGACCUUUGAGGAGCUGCUGCGGCUGCACCGCACCGGCACCGGCACUGGCACUGACACUGAUGCAGCUGCGCAGCUGGAGGCCUGCCGGGCCCUGCUGCGGCAGCAGAGCAGCCUUGGGGGGGUUCCCACAUCUCCUCCCUCCCCCAUGUCCCCCCUGUCCCCGCUGGAGGCUGCGGAGCCGGCGCUGCCCCUCCGGUCCGGGAGCAGCCACCACAAGGCCAUGGGCAUGAGUGGUUUCAUCACCAUCGGGAGCUCCAGGAUCCAGGCCCAGUGCCAGCCCCCCAGGGGCUGCUUCCCGCUCUGGGUGGGCAACGUCACCCCCCGCAUCAGCAGGAGCGUGUUGCAGCACUGCUUCGGACAGUUCGGGGAGAUUCAGUCCAUCCGGAUGCUGCCUGAGCGCCGCUGCGCCUUCCUCAACUACACCUGCAAGGAGGCGGCCGAAGCAGCCUUUGAGGCCAUGAGGGACUCCCCGGUGGAAGGCACCCUCCUGGCCCUGCAGCUCAAGCACCCAUCUCACGCCACCCCCCGCCCGCGCUGGUACCCACAGCCCUGCCUGGGGGAGCCCCUGUAACCGGGCCCCCCCCCCCCCCCCAGCUCCCGGUGCCUCCUGCCCGCACCCAGCCUGUGCCUUCUCCCCCCGCGGGCAGCAGGACCGGCCCCCCCCCGCCACCUCCCGGUACCGGGUGCAGCGGGAGUGGGGGCCGGUCCCCCCCGCCCCCCCCUCAGGGACUUGCCCCCUUUGGGGGUUUUAAUAAACCCGAGCCCCAGCG